AUGCCCCCCCCUCCCCUCCCCCCAUCUACUUACAUUAGAUCAGUUGUAGUCUGAAAAAAAAAACGGCCGGAAUUCUGUUUCCGUGGCGACUUCCAAUUUCAGAAGGCUCCUCCCCCAAUCACAGGUCAGUGCUGUGCCAAGUAAAGAACUCCUCCCCCCAUCACCUAUAACCCCCCAUCCCUCCACAACGCCUCCACCUACAGAGGGCGAUGGCGGCUCAUUUCGAAGGUCUCGGGACGCUCUUUCACACGAUAUAAAUAUGUUGGGGUAAUAAACAUUCUCUUCCCAGAUAUCACCCCCUGUGUUUAGGGGUGGAACCCCCUUUCUGGGCACUGCACAGUGAUGUCAUAUAACUCUGUGCAGAGUGGCAGUUGGUUUCCAUGGAGACUGUGUGAUGUCAUAUAACUCUGUGCAUAGUGGCAGUUGGUUUCCAUGGAGACAGUGAUGUCCUGCAGAGUGGCAGUUGGUUUCCAUGGAGACAGUGAUGUCCUAUAGACACUGUGCAGAGUGGCAGUUGGUUUCCAUGGAGACUGUGUGAUGUCACAGCAGGAGACCCAGGGGGGAGGGAAUAUAAGGCAGAGCUCAGGGGUCUCAGUCAUUUCACUGUAGACAGUUGAAGAGAGAAGACGUGUUACAGAGAAGCUCCUGUGAUAUUACAGAGAGACAUUUUUACUGAGAAGACAAAUUCUAUUUAUUAUUCUAAAAUUCAAAGCAUCGCAAUGCAAGCUUACAAUCUGAGAUCGGUGGAUGACGUGCUGAAGAACGCCCUCCCCCGCACUGAAGAGUAUCCCGGAUUUGGGAAUCUGGUGUCCACCGUUCUCCUCCAAAUGGAAACCAACACCGCAGGAAUCGCCGACCUGAGGGCGGAGAACCAACAGCUGAGGAAGGAGAUGUCAGCGAAGGACGAUCAGAUGAAGACCAUGGAAAACAGUUACACGGAAUGUAUGAAGGCCCUGAAAGACAAGGAGGAGGCAGAUAAGAAAGAGAAGGAGACCUGGAAGAAGGAACUGGAAGAGAAGCUGGGCAUUGUCCAGAAGGAGUGGGAAGAGAAGAGCGAGAGGAAUGGGGUUGCCCUUCAGGAGCAGUGUAAGGAAGCCAAUGAGAAGCUGCGGAAGAUGGAGGAACAACUGAUGAAGAUGAUGGAGGAGUUGAAGGUGACGAAGGAGCAGCAUGAAAAGGAGAAGAAGGAGAUGGAGGGGCAAAUGAAUAAAAUGAUGGAGGCAAUGAUGAAGGCUGAGCGUGAUCAGGCCGAGAAAGAUCGGGCCAAGAAGAUUCAGGAUGAGAAGGAUCGAGCCAAGAAGGAUCAGGAUGGGAAGGAUCAAGCCAAGAAGGAUCAGGAUGGGAAGGAUCGAGCCAAGAAGGAUCAGGAUGGGAAGUAUCGGGCCGAGAACGAUCGGGCCAAGAAGGAUCAGGCCGAGAAGGAUCAGGCCGAGAAAGAUCGAGCCAAGAAGGAUCAGGAUGAGAAGAUGAUGAUGAAGGAUCUGGAGCCCGGUGCUCUGGCCAGGCGGAUGGGGGAAAGCUCAGAGGAGGGGACCCUCCAGUCGGGAAAGUUGCAGCCACACCACGUUGAAGCGGCGGCGGACCUCCUGAGCGCCAAGAUCUCGUUUAGGAGUUGUCCUUGCUGCAAAUACGGAGUGUCCCAGUCCAAAGCCAUCAACACCUCGGAGAUCUUUGAUUUGCUGUGCCCUUCCUGCUACAGCAUGAUGAAGAAGCUGAGCUCCGCCCAGAUCAUGGAGGUGUGUAAAUACUGUCCUUGGUGCGGCCACACAGCGUCCCAGAGAAGACCCACCAAGACGGUGGGGAUCCCUGAGUUGCUGUGCUCUGACUGUCUCACCCUGAUGGAAAAGCUGCGCUCCGGCCGGACCAUGGACAUCUCCGAUUUGCUGUGCUCUGCCUGCCCACUGCUGCCGCCAAUCCCCGGCCAAGAGAUAAAGAUGACCCCAAAGCCUCCUUCAGAACCGAAACCGACAACAAUGGGAGAAAGAGUCGCCAAGCUUCACAAUGCUAAAAAGCUCACGACCGGCCGAGGAACCGAUGCACAGAUCUACAAGACUACGACAUCGGAGAGUCCAUCGAUCAUCGCACCAUUGAUGACAAAGCCAUCGAUCAUCGCAUCAUUGAUGUCAAAGCCAUCGAUCAUCACACCAUUGAAGACAAAGCCAUCGAUCAUCACACCAUUGAAGACAAAGCCAUCGAUCAUCGCAUCAUUGAAGACAAAGCUACAGCCCCUCCCAAAACAGAAGGCAACCAAGUCAGUCACUCCGACUCCCAAGGACCUCCGCAGAAGAUCAGAGCUCCUCCCACAAAUCUCGCUGAAGAAAGGAAACACCAAUCCCGGAACUCGGCGUUGAUCCCAAGGUGACCGUCCCUAAGCCUAAUGAAGAAGGAGUCUGAUUUUUCUGAGGGACGCCGUGGGACAAGGGACUCCAUGGAAGGAGUAUACAGGGACACCGUGGGACAAGGGCCAAGGGACUCCAUGGAAGGAGUAUACAGGGACACCGUGGGAUAAGGGACUCCAUGGAAGGAGUAUACAGGGACACCGUGGGACAAGGGACUCCAUGGAAGGAGUAUACAGGGACACUGUGGGACGAGGGCCAAGGGACUCCAUGGAAGGAGUAUACAGGGACAAGGGACUCCAUGGAAGGAGUAUACAGGGACACUGUGGGAUAAGGGACUCCAUGGAAGGAGUAUACAGGGACACCGUGGGACGAGGGACUCCAUGGAAUUAGUAUACAGGGACACCGUGGGACGAGGGACUCCAUGGAAGGAGUAUACAGGGACACCGUGGGACGAGGGCUUUGAAUUCUGUGUGAAGAACAAUCGGUUGCUAGGGAGAGGGACGGGAAUCCGGCCGCCUCGUCCUUAACAACCGAUGACUCAUCAGCUGUCAGCAGGUCUCCCCGCUGACAGCUGAAUUGUAAACAAAGGAACGCCGGCAAUAACAAAGUGCAGAAAGAAAACAGACAACAUUUUUAGGA